AGAAAGACUAAAAAAAAAUUUCUGUCUCGUUGAGUCAUUCGCAUGAGCAGCAGCUGGUGGCUGCUGUAGGCCACCCGGAGUCCUGAAAGCCUGUUGGAUCACCACGUUUCACGUCAUCCACACUGCACACUGUCGAGCCCUUUCCCAAUCAAUCAAUCCAACCUCUUCCCCCCCCUCUCGUCUGUCUGUCUUGUCUGUCUCCCCUUUCCCUAAACCCACACCCACAAUACCCCCCCCCUUCCCCUCUUAGGGUCGGGCCUUUCCUUGGCCGCCUUUCCAGAAGUCAUGUCUGGAAAAGUCCCUCACGCCGCCUUCUGUGAGGAAUAUGAUGAAGAUGCCCAUGUCAUCCUUCCCGACACUCGUCAAGUCGCCAACCUCACUUCUAAGCGCUCCAAGCCUGCCUUGAGAUCGCCUGCAGCCCCCCUGGUCGACGUUGCAAGUGACUCCGGCUAUUCUAGUCGUACCGCCGCCACCGUCAACAGCACCCAAUCUGGGCCGUCGGGCCGGAAGAGUCCUGUCCCUCUUAAAUUAGACACUACCCUCGUCAAGCGCGCUGACUUGGUCCGCGUUCGAUCCAAAAGCACCAGAGAACAGUCCAAACCACGGAUCGUUCGUCCCCCUCGUGAGGACAAAAUGCAGGUCGGCGCCUAUCCCAACGGCGUGAGCCAUGCUCCUGCCCACGCUCAGCGGUCUCCCUCCAGGCCUCGUCGCCGUGAGACUUCGCAGAUGCGCCACUACCCAGGCACCUGCUGGGAGUGUGAUCAGGGCUUGUACCAUGCGUCUUCUUCGACUCCGGUUGACAGCCGACCAUCCAUGGACUAUCCUUACUACAUGUCGCAGCCUCCAUCAUCGGCUCACGACUAUCCUCCUCCCCCUUCACCGCGCGGGGACCCCCGAUACGCUCCCAACCCGGUCCAGGACAUUCAUGUGUCUCGUUCCAGUCGCCCCUCCGCCCGUGGCGGGGGUCCCAUCUACCAUCCCAACAACCGACCGAUGAGCUUUCACGGCAUGCUGCCUGGAAUGGGACAGAUGGUGUACCAACCAUCCGGCAUGAGUCGCUACGAACAUGGGCCCCCGCCGUCCUCGUCGGCGUACGCCUACAACCCAUCCUCGUAUGCGCCUUCUCAUUACUCGCAACAGUCGCCUUAUUACAGCGGCAUGUCCGACUACGGCGCCCCUUCCGAGCAUCGACAGGAGCGAUCGGUUUCCAGCACGCGGGAUGGGCGGGGGCGCCGCCCGUCUGUAUACGGUGCGCCUGUGGUUGAUUACGACUCUCCCUCAGCUGCCUUUGAUGAUGACGAGCCCUUGGACGCUGCCCCUCCUGCGCCGCCACCACCACCUCGGGAGCCUCGCCCCCGCCUUCCCUCUCAUUCUUCCCAUGAUCGCGACGAGGACUACUACCGUCGGCCACCACUGAAGCACAAGAACACCCCGCAUAUCAUCCAGAAACGCCCAGAGCCGCGCAAGGGUGUAUCUGCACCAUCCGUCACGUCCGGGCACUCUGCUAGGUCCUUUGAUAUGGCUGACAUGAAGGAUGCUUUGCCUGACGGCUACGGCUACCGGCGGUCCUCUCGGGAGACGGUCGUGCCGGCGCGAAGCCGCAGCUACCGGCGCCCUACAGCGUAUCACGACUCUGCUAGACCCUCGCGGAUUGCCGUGGAGAACUCUCGUCGCCGUCAGCCAACUAUCUACGACUUCCCAGACGACGAUGAUGAUGAUGAUGAUGACGACGAUGACGAGGAAGAGGAUGACGAGAUGGAUGAGAAGCAUCGCGAGGCGGAGGAGUACCAAGCUACCCGCACAGUGAAAGCACCAGUGCCCCCGGCGCCACCCGUGCCCUUGACGGCAGAUGCUCUCUUCAAGGCCAAGUCCUCCCAGCGCGCCGAGAGCGACAGUGGAAGCCAGAAGAGUCGCAGCAGCCGUGGGAGCGAUGCCCGCACACAGAGCGGUAGCAACGCUGGAUCCAAGCCAGAAGAGGACAACAACAUCGUCAUGACGCUAAACGGUGUCACGAUGAGUUUCCCUCAGGAUGGCGGAAAGAAGAUCAGUGUCCGGACCGGCGAAACUGGGGCGGUCGAGCUGAACAUCGAAGGCAAACAGCGGCCGAAAAAGUAUUUGACCAAUGGAUCGGAGUACACUGGCAGCGUGGCUCAUAGUCGAAGGGAAAUCGAAGAUGCCCGACGGGUAAGGGAAAUUGAAGAUUCCCGGCGGGUGAGGGAGAUUGAAGAUGCCCGGCGGGUACGGAGUGAUCGCAAGUCAGAUCGUGCCAGUCGACGCUCUAGCCGAUCGACCUACGGUGGUCGAUACUAGUGGUGCUUGACGACCAUGAUAACCUCUGGGGAUAUCGCUCCUACCUGUCCUAGUAUUUCUUCUGAUCCACGUUUUGUCUCUUGCAACCUCACGCACUUCAUCGGUUAGACUUUCGGAGCAAGGAGCGCUGUUUGCUAAAAGUUCUUCUUCUGUCUUUAUUGGGCGAUCAUUAUGCGGCGGACCUCUGAACCGUCACAAUAACCAAAUGGACGUUUAGU